UUGGCACUUUCCUACCUAAAGAGAGAGAUGGGUGGGGACGUAUCGUAUGGCCUUAUGAGGAGCUACCUCACCUCACACACCAAUAGCAUAUGAAGAGAGAGAAGAAGUGAAGAUAAGCACAGAGAGUGUCAUCUACUCACCUCUACUACCAUAAAAAAAGAAAAACAAAAAGCCUUCAGAGUCGACUAUUCAUCCUUUCUUAUUCUUAAUUACCGUGCCUUAUCCACCCCCAACUAUAUUUCAGCCAGCCGCGGCGACACAACAACGCCGACACCCUCAUUUCCACUACCAACUAUUCUCUCUCGUUCUCUGAUUUCUGAAAUCCCUCACCCAUGGCUUCCUCUUCCCUCUCUCUCUCACUCUCUCUCACCCUUUGCCUUGUUUCCACUCUCUGCUACGCUCACACAUCUUCCCUAACCCUACCUGUGACAAAAGACCAUUCAACACACCAAUACCUAACAAUCCUCUCUUAUGGCACCCCUGUUGAGUCUGCAAAAUUUGUGCUUGAUCUCGGAGGCUCACUCCUCUGGGCUGAUUGUGCAUCCAGAACCACCCCAUCUUCCACCCUCGCCCCCAUUUUCCACCGUUCAAUUCGCUGCCUCACAGCAAAGGGUCCUGAAAUUGAGACCCACAGGUGGCUCUCGAGUCUUGCAAAUCCUAUAGAUCAAGAUCAGCCAUGUCAAAUUACAGCAGAGAACAGCAUCACGGGGAAAAGGGUCACCGAAGGAGAGCUUGUGGAAGACCUAGUGAUUCAUCGUUCUCACGAGCUUCUCUUCACGUGCUCGCCCACUUUUCUUUUGAAUGGUUUAGCCACUGAUGCUAAAGGCAUUAUAGGUCUUGAUAAAUCUCGUAUUUCUUUCUCAUCACAAGUUUUUCACUCACUUAAAAUCCAGAGAAAAAUCACUCUUUGCCUUUCUCACACUUCUGGUGUUAUUCAAUUUGGAAAAAUGACGCAUAAAUCCCAAACUGAAUCUGAAAUUUUCAGAUAUCUUACUUUCACACCCCUUGUCGCAAACCAAGACCCGACACAGACCCAGUCUUCAAUCAACGUUAAUUCCGUCAAAAUCAACGGCAAAAAGGUUGCUUUUGACACCCCCUUAGGUGGGGGCGCGCAGCUGAGCACGGUCGUGCCUUACACCACUCUCCAAACCUCGAUCUAUGAUAACUUCGAAAGCGCUUAUUUGAAAGCCGCUUCGUCUAUGGACAUGAAAAGGGUCGAUCCAGUUUCCCCCUUUGGGCUUUGCUUCGAAUCCAAUGGCGUUGGAAGCUCCCAAGUGGGGCCCAACGUGCCGAUCAUUGAUCUGGUGCUGCAGAGCGAGAUGGUGAAGUGGAGCAUAUACGGAAGAAACUCUAUGGUGCAGGUGAGCGACGAUGUUAUGUGCUUAGGGUUUGUUGAUGGAGGUGAGAAUCCCAGAAAUUCAAUUGUGAUUGGAGGGUUUCAAUUGGAGGAUGUGUUGGUGCAGAUUGAUUUUGAUACUUCCAUGGUGGGAUUUAGUCCUUCCCUUCUCACGAAGCAAGCUAGUUGCUCUGAUUUCCAACCAUAGUUUCAAACCAUAGUUUUCUGGUGAAUGGUGAUAAUAGCUUUUUGUUAUCUAUACCACAUAAUUUUUCUUAGAUUAAGAUGAGUUUCGAAGAGUUUUAAAGGGUUCUGCAAUAUCCUUUUCUUUUUUUUUCUCCUACCAUAUGUGUAUAUAAUUACUUAAGUGGCUUAUCUAUGGUGAUGAUAUUUUUGUUUGAAAUUUAUAAGAUGAAAAAAUUUUGGUUGAGUUAUGA